AGCAUUUAUAAAGCUUUGACAGGGCAGCAGUGGCUAUAAAGCAACUCAUUCAACAUGAUGGGUGUUUGGUUUGCCAUAGGUGCUUUGCUGCUUGUCAUGCUGAGUGGAGCUAGUUACAGCUACCCUGUAAAAAUAGGUAGGGAUCCUGACAUCACCUCCAGCAGUGGUUACUUUAAAUCUCCUGCUGAUUCUUAUUGGGAAGUACCUUCUGCUGUGUUUGUGCCUGUGUCGUCUGAUUCUUGGUUUGCCCCAAAUUCAGAUCACCCUGAAAGUAGUGCUGAGAGUGGAUCAGCAGGUGGCUCUUACAGCUCUGCUUAUCCUGCGUCUGCAUACUCAGGAUACAGUAGUGACUCCCACGCAGACUUGACACAACCAAGUUUUCAGCUGGGCUUAAAUCAAGACUUCAGCUGGGCAGUUAUGCCUCCCAGCCCUCAAUCUGACAAAUUUCCACCUCCUAGUGCACCCAUGUUCGCCUCAGAACCCGAGCUGUUGAGUUACAGCUAUGUGGGAGCACCAGACCCUCUUCCUCCUGUAUUCCAGAAAGGCGAACUGUCUCGUGUGGAGAGAGCCUUUGAGCAUGGCAACUCUGAAUCUGAAACUGAAACGCAAGGCUUUGGGUCUUAUCCUGAUGCUGAAGGUUUCAAUGAGGACUUCAGUGACCUUCUGGUAUCAGACCUUGAUGGGUUAUGGUCUGCAUACCCUCUUUUGGACUACAUGCUUUUUACUGGCAAGUAUCCUCCGGGCACAGUCACUCACUACAGCACCAGUUUUGAGCAGGGGAGUGAGCAAACGCAUGACACGCAUUACAUAAAGGACCAUCCUGCCAGCUCUGAUCCUAAUGACCUUACGCAGCCAAGCCAGUCUUCGCCGCACUAUCACAGUAGCUGGCUACACUAGCUUGUGAAGUGGCUGGACGACACCAGGCCUCGCGGUGGAGUGGGUCUGCAAGGAUUCCACUCACAGCCAGGUUGAUUUGAGCAGCCGUGCCUGUGCAUCUUAGCAGGUGCAUGCAGCUUAAGCAAUGGGAACCCUGAGGACACUCUGAAGGCCAACUUUAAUGUUGCCCAAUAAAGAUCUGAUUCCCAAAUA